UUGCAUUCCUGCUGCCGCGUGUCGCUGCAUUUCUCCAUCGUUCCUCAGUGACGUCGUUCUCAAAACAGAGCUCUUUCCUGCAGAGCUGUGAAGAGCUCCGUGUAUUUACUGCUGAGGACACCGACCGGGACAGACAGGUCUUGAAGAGAUCAGAACUGGGCUUUUCUACAGACUGAAGGAGCUUGAUGGGGGUUUGGAGGAUGCUUUUAUCCCUUGUGUUGUCAGCCGUGGUUCUGUGUGGAUGUGCACAGUAUUCCAGUGACCAGUGCAGCUGGACGGGAAGUGGUCUGACGCAUGAGUCUCACGCGCGGGACGUGGAGCAGGUGUACCUGCGCUGUGCUGAAGGCUCUCUGCAGUGGCUGUAUCCCACCGGAGCCGUGAUGGUGAACCUGCGGCCCAACCUGCCAUCCUCUGCUGAUCUGCGCGUGUGUGUGAAGCCGAGGCGGGACUCUCGCGGGGCCACUGUGCUGCUGGAGCGGGCCGGAGCGCUGCGGGUGCUGCUGAGCGAGGAGGAGCAGGCGGCGGGACGCGUGCGCUGCUUCAGUCUGCAGGAGGGGGCGCUGUUUCUGGAGGCGUCCGUACAGCGGGACAUCAGCAGGAGGAUCACUGCCUUCCAGUACCAGCUCAGCUACGCACACACAGCUGAUCAACACACAGACUCCUGCAGGCCGUGUGCUGAUGAAGAGCUGCUGUUGUCCGUCUGCACCAGUGACUUCGUGGCGCGUGGCAGAAUCAGUCGCGUAGAGGAUGAUGAUGAUGCUGAUGAAGAUCGGGUGUCAGUGGUGCUGUCCAUUAGCCGUGUGUAUCGCCAGAAGAGCCGUGUAUUCGUGUCGGCUGGCGGGGGACGCGGGCGUGACCGGUGGACAGGUCGAGUGCAGAUUUUGCAGCGAUGUGAUCCACGGGCCGGACACGCAGAGUUCCUGUUCACCGGAGCGCUGCGGUUCGGAGACGCCUGGCUGGGAUGUGCUCCGCUCUACACAGACUUUCUCAGAGUUUAUCAAGCGGCUCGAGACGCAGGAACAAACCCCUGCACCAUAAACACUGACUGAACACACACACACACCUGAAGAUCUCCACAGAGCAGGCCUGUCCGGGCUCUUUCACCUCAGAAUCAAGAGAGAUGAGCAGAAGUUGUGUUUGGGGGAGGCUUGAUUAUAGAACUAAAGGCUAUUAAUAUAUACCUGUUCAUCUUUCUGGACAUUAUAUCCCCUCAUAAUAGAUCAUCCAGCUAUUAAAAUGACAUUAUAGGUGUGUGUGUGUGUGUGUGUGUGUGUGUGUGUGUGUGUGUGUGUGUGUGUGUGUGUGUGUGUGUGUGUGUGUGUGUGUGUGUGUGUGAGAUUCAGUGUUUCCAGAUAGACUGAUCUCGCUCAGAUUCUGACCAGUUCUGCGUUAGACACACACACAGUUUUGUUUGUUUGUUUCUGUCUGUUUGUGUGUCCUGGUUUCACAUGUCUGAAAUUGAUACAGAGAGAGAGUGUGUGUGUCGAAACACUUGGAAAUGUGUGUGUGUGAGAGAGAGAGAGAGUUUGUGUUCUUUGUGUGUGUAUUUUGUUUGUUUGUGUGUGCAUUUGUGAGUGUGUGUUAUUUUGUUUGUGUGUGUGUGAAUUUGUGCGUGCGUGUGUUUGUGUGUUUUAUUUGUGUUUAUGCAUUUGUAAGUGUGUGUGUGAAUUUGUGUGUGUGUUGUUUGUGUGUGCGAAUUUGUGAGUGUGUGUGUGUGUUGUUUUGUUUGUGUGUGUGAAUUUGUGAGUGUGUGUUUAAUUUGUGUUUAUGCAUUUGUAAGUUUGUGUGUGUGUGUCUGUGUGUGUGUGUGUGUUGUUGUUUGUGUGCGAAUUUGUGAGUGUGUGUUGUUUUGUUUGUGUGUGUGUGAAUUUGUGCGUGCGUGUGUUUGUGUGUUUUAUUUGUGUUUAUGCAUUUGUAAGUGUGUGUGUGUGUUUGUGUGUGUGAAUUUGUGUGUGUGUUGUUUGUGUGUGCGAAUUUGUGAGUGUGUGUGUGUGUUGUUUUGUUUGUGUGUGUGAAUUUGUGAGUGUGUGUUUAAUUUGUGUUUAUGCAUUUGUAAGUUUGUGUGUGUGUGUCUGUUUGUGUGUGUGUGUGUGUGUGUGUUGUUGUUUGUGUGCGAAUUUGUGAGUGUGUGUUGUUUUGUUUGUGUGUGCGAAUUUGUGAGUGUGUGUGUUGUUUUGUUUGUGUGUUGUGUGCGAAUUUGUGAGUGUGUGUGUGUGUCUGUUUGUGUGUGUGUUGUUUGUGCGUGCGAAUUUGUGAGUGUGUGUGUGUGUGUUGUUUUGUUUGUGUGUGUGAAUUUGUGAGUAUGUGUGUGUGCGUCUGUUUGUGUUGUUUUGUUUGUGUGUAAAUUUGUGAGUGUGUGUGUGUCAGUCUGUGUUUGUUAUUUUUGUGUGUGUAAAUUUGUGAGUGAGUGUGUGUGUGUGUGUGUUUGUGUUGUGUGUGUGUGUGUGUGUGUCAGUCUGUGUUUGUUAUUUUUGUGUGUGUAAAUUUGUGAGUGAGUGUGUGUGUGUGUGUGUGUUUGUGUUGUGUGUGUGUGUGUGUGUGUGUCAGUCUGUGUUUGUUAUUUUUGUGUGUGUGAAUUUGUGAGUGUGCGUGUGUGUGUGUGUGUGUCAGUCUGUGUUUAUUAUUUUUGUGUGUGUGAAUUUGUGAGUGAGUGUGUGUGUGUGUCAGUCUGUGUUUAUUAUUUUUGUGUGUGUGAAUUUGUGAGUGAGUGCAUGUGUGUGUGUGUGUGUGUCAGUCUGUGUUUAUUAUUUUUGUGUGUGUGAAUUUGUGAGUGAGUGUGUGUGUGUGUGUGCGCGUCUGUCUGUGUAUGUUAUUUUUGUGUGUGAAUUUUUGAGUGAGUGUGUGUGUGUCAGUCUGUGUUUAUUAUUUUUGUGUGUGAAUUUGUGAGUGUGUGUGUGUGUGUGUCUGCGUGUGUGUCUGCCUGUUUGUGUGUGUGAAUUUGUGUGUGUGGACAUGGGAGUGUGUUUGCAUUUGCGUGUGUCUGUUAUUUUGUGUGUGUGUGUUUGUUUUAGUAUGUGUUAUUGUGCGUGUGCAUACGAGUGUGUGUCUGUGUUGUUGUGUUUGUCUGUUGUUUGUUUGUGGGCAUGUACUUUAAGUGCGAGCAUGUGUUUGUGUGUCUGUUUUUUGUGUGUAUGUGUGUCUUAUUUUGUUUGUGUGUCCAUCCUGUGUCUUAUUUUGUGUGCAUGUCAGUCAGUGUUUGUAUGUGUGUUAUUUUGUUUGUGUGUGUGUGUAUCCUGAGCUCUUGCUGCGUGUGCUGCGAGACGAUGGCCGCUGCUUUUGUUAAAAGCUUUGUUUAUAGUUAUCGAGCAGUCGAUUGUUCUGACUGACCACUGGAGUGUGUGUGUGUGUGUGUGUGUGUGUGUGUGUGUGUGUGUGUGUGUGUGUGUGUGUGUGUGUGUGUGUGUGUGAUUUUUGGACUCUGUGUGUGUGUGAGUUUGGAAUAAAACACUCCUAAUGGAAA